AUACACGACAUGGCAACCUCACAGGUGUCCUGUGAACCUGUCUCUCUUUGUUUCCGGUUAGCCACAGCAUGCGAAGUUGUUCUACGGCGUCACCAUGAACACCAUGUUCAACGAUGUUCACCUUCACCGAUAUCAUCCAAAACGAUGACUCAAAGAAUUUACAAACAUCUAUAUUUUGUCGUAUUCGAGUGAGAUGUGAUGCACCAUUAUUCGUAUAACACAACAAUUGUUUAGACGACUAUGAUAUCGAUUUGAUCAAUUACCAAAUAAUUUCAAAUUCUUGAUCCACGUAAAGACUAUUUAAAAGUGAAAAUAUUAGAAAAAAAAACAUUUCACACCGUAGAAACGUUACAAGAAUACCCCGCGGACGUUCUGUUCACAUUCAACGUCUCAGGAAUAUUUGGUGCUGUGUGCGAUAGCAUGGUCACUUUCUUGCCUGAGAUUAUAGGAAGCUGACGCACAUAACGUGCAGACUUUUACCUAUCUUCAACGGCGCACCGUCAGUUGUGGAUUAUAUAUUUUUAUCUAAAGACGAUUAUAAGUCAUAGACUGUCAAUUGUAUCAAAAAUCUUUAUUAUUUCAAACGAACUCAUAGUAUGCAUACAUUUAUAAAAUACAAUAUUAAGUCUUCUCUAUUCUUUCUAAAAAUGGUUGAUGCAUAUCGUUACCGCGUUAACGUACCGACGUAACAAACGAAUUCCUGAUUGGUGUAACAUUAAACAUAGAAGCCUGUUUGAAAAUACAGUCGAUUAACGUAAGAUUCAGUAUGCGAGUGACCCUCCAACGAGAAAGAGUGCUUCUGACUUGAAAUCACUACGGCAAUCAGAAAAAAAUAAACUUGCUCUAAAAGAUGUUAAUGUAUUUUUUUCUUCUGUUGAACACUCAGCAUCUCAUUAUUUUAGGCUUGUUCGAAUCUCCAAUUCCUGAAGAUUCAGUGACGGAAUCUUUCGUAUUCCAAGAUAUCGAGUACUUGCUCUGUGGCUAUCGCGUUACCUGGGAUGAAGCACAUAUAAUUUGCUUAAGUUAUAAAGCCCAACUGGCCACUCUUGACUCUGAACCGAAAAGCGAUUUCGUUGUGCGAGCCAUCGCCGAGAGUAAUUUUGGAUUCGAUGACUUUUGGAUUGGUGCUCGUUCGGAUCUGGCAGGUUCCUGGUAUUGGGUGUCAAGUCAGCAAAGGCUCGCCACUGAGAAAUCACUAUACGAGAAUUACCCACCGUGGUAUCCGACUUCUCCUCCGAGAAAGAUGCAGUGCUUGACGAUUGAUAGAAGAAAUCACGACUUGCCAAUUUUCGUUCCUUUAUCGUGCAGUCGGUUCAGGCCUUUUGUUUGUCAAAAAGAUGAGAAUGCGAUGUUCGCUAGAAAAAUUACCAUGAUUGCUAUGACGCGAGUUGGCGACGAAGAGUUCACGGUAUACUCGGCACGUGUCACCUGGGCAGAAGCCGUUGUUCAGUGCCGCAAGGAGAAGCUCCAAAUCGCUGAAGUGAAAAGCGUAGUGGAGGCUCACGCCCUGGCGUUGAGCAUGUUGCGUGCCAGACCUGAAGGUAUAGAGAACGCUUGGAUCGGCGGAUAUCUAAAGGACGCUACCUGGACGUGGUUGCCCUCCGCCAAUGAAAUUAAUCAGGACACUGGAUUGUGGCGUAACGGCAGCAAGAGUUUUCACGAGUGCCUGAUGCUCGACAGACACAUAUGCGAGACGCCGGUGUAUCUGGAGGCGAAAUGCGAUCGGAAACGCGACGUCAUCUGUCAAAAACCUAGUAGGAGAUCUCUCGGUAAAGCACCAGUCCUCGUAUCUAUCGAAGGAUGCACAUAUUGGCUCGGAUUUAAUCCGGUGCAGUGGCUCGCGGCACGAAGGUCUUGCUCUGAAUUGAAUGCUACUUUGGUUCUUUUGGAUUCGGAGAGGACUAUAAAACAGAUGAUGAAAUUAAUGCUUGAGAACAGAAACGGUAAAAUAGUUUAUUAUUUUUCUUUAUUCUAUGAAACACUUGGUGCACCUAUGUGUGUUUGUUGCUCGUCUAUAGAAUUGAAACACGUAUGGACGGAUGGCCGACGUACGAGCAGCCCUCUACGUGAUUCUUAUGAUAGACUCGAGGGCGAAUGGCUGUGGGAGAGCACGCAAGAGCCUAUUCCUCGGGCUGGAGAGAGUUUCAUUCCCUGGUGCAAUACUGAGAGAUAUAAUAAUGGCACCGAAUGCUUGAAUUUAGAUAGGGAAGAUUACGACAGCCCGAUAGUCUAUGGUCUGGAUUGCAACCAGAGUCAGACUUACGUUUGCCAACCGUUAUCAGGUCCAUGCGUAUCCCACAAAAUUGGUUCUCCAUCCAUCGUUGACAAUAUUUCCUCAGAGCUUCUUUCUUUGACAAGAGAGGCAACGGCUUUGAAAGUCUGGCCUCCGUAUCAGUCAAAGACCAGUGAGACGCCAAUUGCAACUCUUCGUGAGAAUACUAUAAAUGCUAAUACUUUUCAUAUUACUUUAACUUUACCAAGCAGUACGCCAUACCCGAACGUCCAAGGAUUUGCUACGUUGCCCUCGAGUGGACUUUGGCAGCAGGUCAAUGAAAGUUCACUGAAUAAUUCGAAGGUCAAUAUUGAACACAUCAGUCACAAUAACGUUGGUGCGAUUUCCAAGACUGGACUCACAGAUUUUCUUCGCCCAUAUUUCCAGUUGUCAUUUCCGACUCUACCACAAUUCGGUAUAAAGCUCGUGAGUGCUCAGACUGCAGAUGCAUUCUCGAUUCUAAAAGAGAAACCACACGAGUCUACCGACAAAACUACAAAAACUCCCUUCGACAUUUCUCCAUUGGGGCAACGUUCUACGACCGCAAAAUCUACUACGAUUUCAUUAUUAGCAUCGACUGUACUGUCCGAUGCUGAUUUUGAAAUAUCAAGAAAAUUGCUGGACUUCGUAACUCAUUCUAGUACGGACCACACAAGUACUACAGACAGCGAAAGGAGACGUACUGAUCAGGAUUCAGGAAUCCACACGAAAUUGGCAGAUUCCUCUAUUAAUAUACCAGCGUUUAAAUCUACAACGCAUUUGCUGAACUUCGUAACUCAUUCUAGUGCUGACCACACAAGUACCUCAGACAACGAAGGGGGACCUACUGAUCAGGAUUCAAAAAUCCAAACGAAAUUGGCUGAUUCCUCUAUUAAUAUAACAGCGUUUAAAUCUAAAACGCAUUUGCUGGACUUCGUAACUCAUCCUAGUGCUGACCACACAAGUACCUCAGACAACGAAGGGGGACCUACUGAUCAGGAUUCAAAAAUCCAAACGAAAUUGGCUGAUUCCUCUAUUAAUAUAACAGCGUUUAAAUCUAAAACGCAUUUGCUGGACUUCGUAACUCAUCCUAGUGCUGACCACACAAGUACCUCAGACAACGAAGGGGGACGUUCUGAUCAGAAUUCAGGAAUCCACACGAAAUUGGCAGAUUCCUCUUUUAAUAUAGAAGCGUUUAAAUCUACAACGCAUUUGCUGGACUUCAUAGCUCAUUCUACCGCUGACCACACAAGUACCACAGACAACGAAGGGAGUCGUACUGAUCAGGAUUCAGGAAUCUACACGAAAUUGGCUGAUUCCUCUAUUAAUAUACCAGCGUUUAAAUCUACAACGCAUUUUCUGGACUUCAUAGCUCAUUCUACCGCUGACCACACAAGUACCACAGACAACGAAGGGAGUCGUACUGAUCAGGAUUCAGGAAUCUACACGAAAUUGGCUGAUUCCUCUAUUAAUAUACCAGCGUUUAAAUCUACAACGCGUUCACAAAAAGAGCCAAUGUCGAAUGCCUACAACGGGGAAGUAGACCUGCGAUUGUCCGAACAUAAUGUUUCCGAGAACGCCGACGAGACCUAUUUACCGUACUUAUCAACAUUACCGAUGAAUCUCGAAUCGACAACAGUGUCAUCGGGUCCAGCAGUAGUCGAAAUCAACACGAUCUCCAGUUCAGUGCCGACUAUAUCUACUAGAAGAAUGGAAAACGUGACUAGUGAAAAGCAUUCGAAUAGCGAAAUGGUUUUGUCGGCCAAGAGCGAAUUACAACAAGUGACGAAUAGCUCGAAGAGCGUUGAAUCAGUUAAUUCUAUUGUCCCGAAUAACCGUUGGGACUAUGAGCAGAAAAAUGAGAAUGCCAAUGGCUACAAUUCCUCCAAAGUGCCAGCUGGUCCAAGCACGCCAAAGAUGUCAUCGUCGAUGUAUACGUUGACAAAUUGGACCACGGAUACCCUUAAUGCAAGCAGUCAACCAAUUGAUGAUCAACAUCAAACGUUCCUUCAGUCAUCCCCUACGGCAUCACGGUCAACUUCCAGUAGCUCAAGUUCGACGGUUACAAAUUCUUGGGACAUCAAGACAAAGGCGUAUUCCAUUGACGAGACGGUAGACUGGGAAAGUGAUACUGACGUAAUAUUCCAGAAAAAGAUAACAAAAUCAACGAAGAAUCCUUUGGAAGCAACUAAGAAAAUUGUUUUUGAGCACGAAAAUAUAGAGGACGGUGGUACGGUAUCGUGGGAAGGCAUUGGGUCUCCUAAUAAAAAGAAAAAUGGGAAAAAAUUGAAGAAUCCAUUCGAAGUUCACGAUGAUGCAAUGAAUUUUCAACGAGAAGAGGAAGAAGAAGAACAAGAAGAAAAGAAAGAAGAUGGAAAUAAUCUGUACGACGAUGAACCUGAGCCCAUCGGACGUCCCGCAGUAACAAAGUCCUAUAUUACGAUAACAGGUGGAAUAAGGAAAAAUUUUGAAGGCGUCACUGAAUUUAUGCAUAAAAAGGACACAGAGAAUGAGAAUUAUAAGGUCGAAGACAAGGCACUGCUCGUACAAAAAUUAUUACUUCAGGCGAAGAGCAAGAACAAUAAAUUGAAAAACGCAAAUGAUCGGAGAGUCGAGCAAACUACUAUUCCUCAGAGCAGAAAAAUGAACGUCAAGGCGUUUUCCCUUCGACCUUAUUACGUUGCAGAGCGGCCCCUCAGUCUUAAUUUCAGUUCAAAUGGCGGAUCUGAUGAAACACGAAUUCUACCUAUUUAUGGCGCCAGACACGAAACUGCGACAUCAACUAUUGAUGAGGGAACAGCAAUUAUUGGUGAGGAUGGUCGGGCGGAUCAUUAUACUUUCUCACAAAAUUCCAAGUUAAAAUCGACGAAUUUCGAGAUGUCGAACAUUUGGGAUUUGAUAAACGACGUAAAAAUUGACUUCAACACGAAUACCUUAUCAAGUUUUCUCCAACAUCACAAUGUAUUAAAUAGCAUGGACGAAUUCAAAAUUAAUUUUAAUGGAAACCCAAUUAGAGUCCGGAUUAAGAAAAGUCCACCGGAUGAUCCAUCCGCACUCUCUGAAUCAACCAAACUCACCAGAGCGUACAGGAGUAUGACGAAUGAGAAUACCGGCUCCUCCGAUUUCCUUCAACUUUUCUUAAGGAUCAAUAAAAAGCCAAAAAAUUUCCAAAAAUCGCCAAAUUUAUUCCAUAAUUUGUCAAAAAAUUCGAGUCUUGCAAACGACUCGUUAACGCGAACUGCUGAGCUCUAUUUGAAUAUCCAUAGCUAUCCGUUCAGUAGCAAUGCCUAUACGAGACCAAUCAGGGAACCUGAAAGCAUUCGACUGAAUUUAUCAAAGAAUCCUCCCUUACUCCUCGAAAAGUUAUUCAAUCCAAGAAAUGAGCCUGACGACUUCUACUACAGUAUAUUUGAAAGUAUGAUGAACAGUGGCCAACUUAUUGGUCUGAAUAGAAAGAGAUAUCUUCUCUACUUGGUUUUGCGGCAGUUGAUCAAUAUGACGGAAGCGGAUUUGAAACUGUACAAUUCCGAGAGUUUUACGUCGAACGGCUUACUGCCAAGAGAUUCCUUGAUCGAUUUCCAAAAAAGGGUACAUCAGGUUAUCGGUCAAUGGAAAAAUCCGAAAAGUGUACUUUCGCAGAGAUCCCUGAUGGAUGAGACGGACCCGAGUAAUCCAAGUGUUAACGAGAAUUCUGCAAGUCCUAUUAAUGAAAACAAAAUACCUACACUUUUUAUAAGGGCAAGUCUUGGCCUCGAGAAGAAUUCGACGAAUGAAAAACCUUCAAGGAAUCUUAACCGCCACUGAUCGUCCCCUAUCAUUUAUAGAAUAAGAAAGGCUGUAAUAAUAUAUUUGCCUAGAGAGAAUGUACAGGCAAAUGUACUUUCCCGAUGCUAAUUAAUUAUUAAGUAUACGAUGUGAGAGAAUUAAUUACAUGUCUUAACGAAUCGC